AAUUCAAGUUGGAGGGAAAAAAGUAUGCAUCUAUGGAGUACCCCACGUUUGUUGUUUCCAGUCCGAUUUGACCAGGGCUCAAGGCAGUUUCGCCCUCCGCCUUACACUUGGUUGCUCCCUACAGUGUAUUUCACCAGCUUUAGUUGAAUUGGAGGUAUGCAGUAACCCUACUCUCCUCAACCCGUUUAAAAAAGGGAGAGCAGAGGCAUGAGAUUCAGGUGUUCAAACGUCUGAGCCUAGCUGAUAGCAUCCCUCAGGGUAUUAGUUGAGGUUUUGGAAUUGGCUGGAAUUGCAGCUCGUGAUGUUAAGUACACAAAAACUGAAACUUGCUAUAUAAUCUAUGUUAUCCUGGGAUAAUUGAGGCUUAAUUUUCGAAGGGUUAUGAAGGUUAUUUUGAGAAAUUUACCUUGCGCCCUUGUGGUAAUCUGGAAAAGCAGGGUCAGUAGAGCCCAUUACUGGUGUGCCCUACUUCUUGAUGUUACUUCAGUUUGUCGGAAUGAGUGGGGAGGGUAUAUGUAUCAUGUAUGGUUUCUCUAGCAGCCACAUGAAUUUAGCUGCUAUUGAUUUAAUUGUUAAUGGUGAUCAUCCAAUUAUUUGAAAAGGAAGAUGUGAUAGCCCACUAAUGAAGAUUAUUUAACUACCCUUGAGAGGAUAAUGCAAGAUGCAGGAAUGCCUUCAAGGCUGCAAAUAUAUCAAAACAUGUUCAUGGGGAACGUUAAUCUCUUUUGGGAUGUUGUUGUUGAUGCUCAUAUGGAACUUAGGUAUUAGUCAGUAACUUUUGGGAAUGUGUAAUUGCCAUGGCCGCUCUUUACAUCAUUUGAUCCUCAAAUCACGCCAACAAUUCUGUACAUCGAAACCCUGUCUUUUAUUAAGAACUUAUUCUCCUUGUUCUUUAUCAUUAUUCCACUGCUACUCUCAUUUGAUAACUCGCCAUAAACCUCAAACCACUCAACGUAAUUGGAGCACUACCCAUUCGUUCAUCCUCUCGAACCCCCUCCUUUCUUUUCUUGAAAACCAUUGCAAAUGCAUGGCCCAUCUCAAGCAAAUUCAGGCCCAAAUGGUCACCACUGGCCUAUUUUUAAAUGGAUUGGCAUCUAGUCGCUUGAUUGCCUUUUGUGCUAUCUCAGAAAUGGGAAGUCUUCAUUACUGCAAAGCAUUGUUGUAUCAUAUCCUAAACUCAAAUUCAUUUUCUUGGAAUGUUGCUAUUAGAGGUUUUAGUGAAAGCCAAAACCCAAUUGAAGCUUUAUUUUUGUAUAAAGACAUGUUAGUGUGUGUCAACAAUAACAAUGAUUCUGAUGAUGCUUUAAGGCCAGACAAUUACACUUUUCCAUUGUUGUUUAAGGUUUGUGGCAGAAUGUCAUUGUCCUACAUGGGUUUUGAGAUUCUUGGGCAUGUUACAAAAAUGGGUCAUUAUCAAGAUAGGUUUGUGCACAAUGCUUUGGUUCACUUCUUGGUGUGUUCUGGAAAGUUUGAAGUUGCAGAGAAGGUGUUUGGUGAAAUUUGUGAGAGAGAUGUGGUUUUGUGGAAUUCGUUGAUUAACGGGUAUGUAAAGAGUGCAAAACCUCGUGAGGCACUGAGCGUUUUUAGGGAAAUGAGAAUUGAGAGAGUUGAGCCGGACGAGAUCACUAUGAUUGGAAUGGCUUUAGCAUGCGGGCAGCUCAAAGAUUUAGACCUUGCUGUGAAAUUUCAUAGAUUUGUUGUGGAAAAUGCAAUAAAUGUAUCUUUACCUCUGUGUAAUUCACUUAUAGACAUGUAUGUGAAAUGUGGGGAUAUUGAGAAAGCAAAGGCUUUGUUUGGUAGCAUGGGGGAAAGAACUCAUGUCACUUGGACAACUAUGAUAACUGGGUAUGUGAAGUUUGGUUUUUUAAACAAUGCAAGAAAGUUGUUUGAUGAGCUUCCACACAAAGGCAAUGUUGUCACAUGGAAUGCUAUGAUUGGAGGAUACGUGCAAGCCUAUUGUGGAAAAGAGGCUUUGGUUUUGUUUCAAGACAUGCAAGCAAUGAAUGUUAAGCCUGACGAGGUGACCAUGGUUUGUUGUCUAUCCGCUUGCUCACAAGUAGGAGCUCAUGAAAUGGGUUGUUGGAUUCAUCAAUACAUCAAACUCCACAAUCUCUCCCUUAAUGUCUCUCUUGGGACUGCUCUAAUUGAUAUGUAUGCAAAGUGUGGCAAUCUUGAGAAGUCAAUUCAGGUUUUCCACGAGAUGCCAAAGAAAAAUGCUAUGACUUGGACAGCUGUUAUCGGUUCCCUAGCACUUCAUGGAGAUCCACACAAGGCCUUAUCCCAUUUCAGAAUGAUGGUUGAUGAUGCAGGUCUUGAACCGGAUGAUGUCACAUUUCUUGGGGUCCUCUUGGCCUGUAGGCAUGGAGGUUUAGUCGAUGAGGGCCGUAAGGUUUUUGCUGAAAUGACCUCAAGAUUUAACGUUUCCCCGAAAUCAAAACAUUAUUCCUGCAUGGUUGACCUUCUUGGUAGGGCCGGCUUGCUAGAAGAGGCAGAGACAUUGAUUAUGAGUAUGCCAAUCAAUGCAGAUGCUUCUGUUUGGGGAGCCCUAUUUUGUGGUUGUCAAAUCCACCGGAAUGUUGAGUUGGGCGAAAAGGCAGCUUUGAGACUUCUUCAGUUGGAUCCAGAUGAUAGUGGGAUUUAUGUUCAGCUUGCGAACAUGUACAUAGGAUUAAAUAUGUGGCAUAAAGCUAGGGAAGUGAGGAAGAUGAUGACCAAGAGAGGGUUGGAUAAAACUCCCGGCUGUAGCUCCAUUGAAGUGAAUGCCAACUUUUUUAAUGACAACUUUCAUGUUGACUCAGAUAAUAUUAUGAAUGUCCGAUUCUGUUGACAAGACAAACGGAACACCAUGAAUUUGUACACUGAAUAUUCUAAUUGCUGAAAGAUGACUUGUACUCUGAAAUUGGCAGCUAACUAUGACAGUCAGGUAAUUAAGAAUCUAUAAUUGGCAGUUUACUUAUGACUAUCAGGUUGGACUGUUGGAGUCCUUACUUCUUAGUAAUGACAUAUAUGGACCCAUGCAUGUGAAUUUAUAUAAUAUCUAUACCGUAG